AUGGCCGCCGCAGCGCACGCCCUCCUCUGGCGACGCCACCGGUGGACGGCCCUGCGCUCCCUGCUCCUCGUGGCUCUGCUCCACCGCCUCCACUGCUUGGCCUUCCUCGCCGCCUCGUCUCCCGUGUGGCUGCUCGCCGCCUUCCUCCUCGGCGUCGUCCUCGUCCACAGCGAGCCGCCGCUCAUGCUCGCGGCAGCGUCAGCGUCAGAGGACCGCCACCUCUACAAGAGAUCCGCAACCGGAGGCGGCAGCUCCUCCGGCGACAGCUCGGACGGCGGAUCCUCGGUCACCAGCAUGGAGGAGGACGAGCAUCUCCAUCUCGUCGGCGAGAAAGAGGAGGAGGUCGUCAAGGCGGCGGCCGUGGCCUGGACGGCGGACGACGAGCGCAGCAUCCAGAGCAUCGGCUCGCUGGAGCUGGAGAGGGACGCCAGGCUGGAGAAGCUCAUGUCCAGGCGCAGCGGCGGCAGCAUCCACCGGAACCUCAUCGACCUCGACAUCCACAUCCCCAAGGACCCCUUGCUGACCACCAGCAAGAGCAACCCCUUGGGCUUGGACCACCACCAUCACGACGACCCCUGCUCGGCCCCCUCGGCCCUGCUCGGCCACAGCAACCCCUUCGAUUUCGAUGUCCAUGGCGGCCACCAAAGGGAUCGGGACCCGGAACCGGAAAUAAUAAUGCUGAGACGGCACGAGAGCUUCACGGCCGGCGCCGCCCCUCCCCCUCCUUCGUCGCGCUUCAGGCGCCCCUACUUCGUCGCCGACGUGCCGGGGGGUGGAGGCGGGGACGACGCCGGCAGCAGCGACAACUCCAACUCCUCCUCGAGCCCGUCGUCCUCUGCGGCCAGCGACCAGCAGCAACAAGCCGCGGUCAAACUAGCAGUAGAAAAUGAAGCAGCAGCAGCAGCAGCGCCCAACGGGAUGGGGGUGGCGGUGGACGUGGAGCUCAUCAGUGACUCCUCUGACGACGACAGCAUGUCGCUGCCGGGCGAUGAUGCCGCCGGGGCCGGCAGCCUGAUCAUGAACAACCCCCGUGAUGAGGACGAGGAGGACUCAUUCGAAGUGGAGAGCAUCACGCAGCAGGUGGCUGCAGGUACGUACGCGUACCUGCUAGCUCUGGAUCGAGUGACUUGCUGCACAUGCUAGCUCAAACUGAUGGAUGCGCAGCCGAGCGUCAGCAGCAGCCGCCCCGUGAUGUCAACGUCAUGCGAGGGCAGGAAGAGGAGGACGCGAGCAUCAGCGUCAGCAGCUGCAGCAACAGCAAGGAGUGGGUGGCGCCCACUACGCUGGAGGAGAGCGAGAAGAGGGAGCACCACCACAUCACGGGCCCUGUUGCCGUCACCGGCAACAACGACGCCGCCACGGCCACUGCAGCAGCAGUGGUCGCAGCCGCAGAGCCACCACGGGCAGCAGCAGCAGCGCCGCCACCGGCCGCAGCGGCGCCAGCGCCAUCACGGGCGCCAU